AUGGUUUCUGACGAACUUCUCGAGAAAUGUCUCCAAAUCCUGCAGGAUCAGGCACUGGAUGAGGAAGAGCAAGUAGAGAAAGUGGAGGACUUCUUGCGCGCGAACACGUCUUUGUCGGGGCCACCUCUGGAGAAUGCGGUGUUGGACAUUCUCUGGCGCCAUCGCAACCGCAAUCUACCAGAUUCAUCACCCCCAGUGCGGCCUGUUGUGAUUCGUCGCUCGUCGCCUGCGCCAUGGCAAAUGGCUCGCUCAUCCACACCGCUAUCCCCCCACUCUACUUUAGGAACAAGUCCGGGGAGUACCUCGUGGAUGCAAAGCUCCCGCGGACCAUUCACACGGCCUCCGCUAUCCUCAACUGUCUCUCCAUUUACUUCCCCACGUCCAUCACCCCGGCUUGCUCUUGCGCAGCCUAUUCCUCAUUCCCCAAGCCUAAAUGCCUAUGAGUUCUCAGACCAAAGUCAACUUUCUGACUUCUAUGGAGACCUUGGAGGCGAUAACAAUGUCGACUGGUUAGUCGCAGAUGAUGCAAACAGCACAACGUCGUCCGCAGGCGGUCUCAGCACCCCCGGAGCACUCAGCGCCACUGCGGUUGAAUUUGUUCCAGAUAUGAGCCCACAUGACAUCUUGCGGACAGUACUCGGAGACAAGCGAUCAAAUGAUGAGAUAGAAGCCGCACUAGAGGCCAACAGUUAUGAUCUUGGUGCCACCAUUGCCUCCCUCUCGCAAGAUAUAGAAUCUGAAGCAAUUUCAAAACAACAAGAUGACGGUCGUGUUUUGGUUGGCAAGUCUAUGACAAUGGAGCAAGUUCGCCCAGUCACACCACUGAACAGCGGUCGCAGCCCCGUGGUCUGUAAGUACUGGCUGUCUACUGGACAAUGCCUUCGAGCGGACUGCCGCUUCAGCCAUGACUUGACCACACAUCUUUGCAAGUAUUGGGUUAUGGGGAACUGCUUAGCCGGUGAUGGCUGCCCCUUUUCACAUGACCCUUCAGCGCUUAUUGGCAAUCUGAGUCUCACGGAUGGUAGCCGACCAGCCUCGCCCUCUCCUUUCCAGGUAGACAGUGGUUCGGAUGCAUUCCCACCACUGCAAUCAGCUGACAGUGGUGAUCAAUGGGCAAAUCAAUACACGGGCCGGUACCCUAAUCAUCUUUCUGCUUAUCAAGCCAGCAAGUAUGCCCCUCCUGGUCUACUUCCCGGAAUGGGGAAAAGAAAUGGAAGCGUGACUCACCUUGGACGGCCCAAUUCGCGUCCGUCCAGUCGUCACCAAAAUCGGGAGUUGAACCCUGCCGCACCGUCUGUAGACGACCCAGAUGCCUUCCCAACUCUUGCCGCAGUUAAUGCGAAGAAUACUGGUAAAAAGCAUCAUGGAAAGCGCGGAGGUCACAAUAAUCGCGAGACAAGCUUGGCCAAAGAAAGUAUCCCUUCAUCUCUAGCUGAUGUGGUCCGCAUGACCCCAUCUCCUAUCCCAGGGAAAACUAAGUCCGGGUCUAGAAACAAGGACACGAAAGGCCGUGAGAACAGUGCGGCAGCUCAGUCGAUUCCAGCCCCAAGGAAUAUCCCUUGGUUGGAAACUGGUACACGGGCCAAUCAACAGUAUAUAAAGUAUCGAACUGAGGCUAUUCGCCAUGGGACUGUGCGAAACAAGUUCCUCCAGAGUGCUGCCCAAGCAUGGAACCGUAAUGAUGCACGAGCUGCCAAGGCAUUGUCGUUGCGCGGUCAGGCCGAGAACGAUGCGAUGCGCAGGUGUCAUCGGGAGGCUGCUCGCCAGCUCUAUGAAGAACGCAACCAACAUCUCUCACAGAGAGGCCUUGAUGGAUCUUCCGAGGAACUUUAUGUUGACCUGCAUGGUCUUCACCCAGAAGAGGCUAUUGAAUAUCUUGAGAAGAUUCUGCUCAAGCAUGCCAGGGAAGGUCUUCGGGUAGUGUAUGCUAUUACCGGGACUGGUCACCAUUCGAAGAAUGGCAAAGAUAAAAUUGGCAAGGCUGUCAAGGCAUGGUUGAAUGAGUGGCGUUACUUGUUCCGCGAAUUCAGUGUACCUGGUGAGCGAGGCGGCUAUGUCGGGGGGAUUCUUGGCAUUGAUCCCACCAGUUAUGACAAGUCGAUAGCCAAAGAGCUGGCUAGUGAGUUGAUGGAGGCCAACGCUGGCGCAGAACUUCCAGUCCUGACCAUGGGCAAAGUCCAAUUACUCAAGCGCGAAGAAAUAGACACUCAGGAUCAAUGA